CUAAUUAUAUCCGUUACACAUGCGCACAUUUGAUGAUUAUUAAUCAGCCAUUUCGACAACGGUUAGAAUCUGUAACUGAAAAAAAGCAGUUUUAUUUCUAUAUAAAAGAGAAUUCAGUUUGCUGAAGGGCAAUAUUUGGUACAUUUUUACAAUUCACUUGUUUACACUCGAAAUUGAAACAUGUCAGAUAAUUUCAACAGCGAGGAGUUCGAAAAAGUUGACGCGGACCAAGAUGAAAUCGUAACCUCAACUUCGAUGACUGGGGAGGAGGCUGAGGAGGACAGGUAUUCAGGUAAUCCAGCACAGGGUGAAGUAGAUUUAUUAGGUGACUUCACAGGUGUUUCUCCAAGUGCGCCACCUUCAAAUGAGGCAUUUGAAAAUGAAAAUCUCCUAUCCUUUGGCACUGACACCACCCCCACAGAACCAAGUAAUGAUUACUUUCAACCAGAAAAAACAAAAACUGUCAUACCAGAACAGGUUUCAGAGAGCAAAACUACUGCUCCAGCAGAAGCCACAAUGGACUCUAAAUCUAAAGAAAAUUGUGAUGAAAAUACAAAGGAUGAUUUAAAGAUUAUAGAUACAUGCUGUCCAGCAGUAGAAGACACUUCUAAUAAAAGUUAUGAAGACAAGCCUGGUUUAAUGGGCAUUCCUGGUGCUAAGGCUUUGAGCGGAUGGAUGAAAACAGUUGACCCAAGAGAUGACAUAAGCGAAAUGGAGGAACACAGUCCAUUCAACACUGGUGGAACCAGUCAAUCUGACAAAAGUGAAACCAGUCCAGUUGAAUCUGCUGAGUCAUCCCCUCAGCAGAAGGUCAAUGGAGAAUCUGUUGGAAUUACUCAAGACUCAGUUUCGAAAGACAUACUUGAAAAUAGUUCGGAUUCGAGUUCAAUUGUGAGUUCCUCAGAUAACGAGUAUAGUAGUUCAGCAGAUGAAUCUGACUCAGAAAGUAGUGACUCAGCGUCUGAAAAUUUAACAGGAGAAAUAAAUAAGGAGAGAAAUGGAUUUAUUGGAAAUUUAGAUGAUAAAAAUCAGUUGAUUGCAAGUCAAAGAAGUGAUGAAAGAUCAGAUAUUGAAUUACUGUCUGGUACCCAAAGUUCUUUCGGAUUAGUGCAGUUAGAUAAAGGUAUAGAGAAGGAAAUAAAUUCUGAGAAAUCAAAAAUGGCAUCAAGUGAUAUAUCUGAAAUGCAGGCUGGUCCUGAAGAUGCCAUAAAGAUUGGAAAAGAUAUGGAGGAGGAGACAGGAAGUAAUGUCGGAAGUGAAACAUUAAACACUAAAGAAGAUGAGUAUGGAGGGGCUGCUGUUGGUGAUAUAGGUAGUAAUAAAGAAUUGGUCGAUGAUAAAGUUGGUUUGAGUGAAAAUGACAUGCUUGAUAUUAUUAACAAAUUAACACAAGAUGAUGAUAGUAUUGAUAAAUCUACAGAUUUAGAAUCCGACAAAGCAGCUAGGGAUCUUGAAUUUGAAAAGUUUGUAAGAGGUGAAGAAGUUCUUUCAGUUGAUAAUAUUUCACCAGUUGUAUCAGAUAACGGGGAAUGUAAAAGUAUUGAUUCAUCAUCCAGCAAGUCCAAUUCAGAUUCUGGUGAUGAAGUUUCAUGUACUGACAGUGAUUUAUCAGGAGAUGAAGGUGUAGUUGGUGCUUGGAGCCCUUCUCCACUGUAUACCCAUUCAUUUGGAAACUUUGAUGAGGAUGAGGAUGAUGAAAAUGAAGAUAUGGAUGUUGAAGAACAAAGUGGUGAUGUUCUUGCUGGGUAUGAAUAUGUUGGCUCAGACAAUAUAAACACUAGAGGGGAGACUGUUCGGCAAGAAAGUGAAUUAAGCAAUUUAAGGGCUGAUGUUAAAGGCCUUAUGGAAGAGAUGGAAGCUAUGGUUCAGGAUACAGAUUCAGAUGGAGAUAAGAGAAGGUCAGGAGAGUUCAUUGAUAAAAUGGUUGCUGAUAUAGAUAAGACUGUGAUAGACGAUGAUUCUGUAAAUACAGAACCAACUGUUUUACGCUCUGAGCCACUUGCAUCAAUAAUGGCAUCAGCAACAAGAGAGAGAAGUAAAACUCCAGAUCAUGUGAAGUUUCAAACACCAACAAACACUUUGUUUUAUGACCCUGACUGUCCAAUUGUUGAAAAAGUUUCUAUGGAAGUUGCAGAUGAACUUAUUGAUCAUGAAGAAAGGAGUCUUGAAGAUGUAGAAAUUGACCAAAAUGAUGACAUGAAUGUUGAAGAUGUUGAGGAAUUAGAAGCCAAAGUUGUAAAAGACUUAAAGGAAGUUUAUAAUAAUUUAGAAGCUAAGGGGGAGAUAGAAGGGGCAAUGGAUUUACUUAGACAGUCUGGAAUAAAAAAUAUGGAUGAUAUAGCUCUGCAGUUUGCAAACAAAGUACUUGAAGAGGCUAGAAAUGAAAGAUUUGCAGGACAAAUGCAAAAUAAUAAUAUAGAAAAUUUGGAUGCAAAUAAAAAUGAUCAACAAAUUAAUUCUGAUGUUGAAGUUAGAGGAGACAAUAGCAGACAAAAUACAAAUGAGAUGCAAGAACAAAUCAGAACAGAUGUUGAAAAUGAAGAAAUAAGUGAAGAUGUAAUAACACCAGAAAUUAAAGAAAAAGAGUCUGUUAAUCCAUUUAAGACAAAUGAAUCAUUAGAUGACAGCAGUUCAAUCCAACUUGAAGAAGAGAGUAUAUCUGAAAAAGAAACAAAAUCACAAUUAAUGAGUGAAAAAGAGGACAUGAUUGGUGAAAUGGACAUGGGUUAUACUCAAGAGAUAAAAGAGGCUCAUUCCAUAGAGGAGGUUGAAAAGGAGGAUGAAGUUGAAGAACCCGUAAUAAUGAGGCAAAAGAAAGUGAGAGUAGUUGAAGGAAAAGUUACAGCAAGUGAAAUGUUUGAUUCUAUGAUCAUUCACGAUGUUGACACUGCAUCAGAACGAGAUGUACAGUCUAUGAUUAUUCAUAAUACUGAUGAAACUGAAAGGGAUAACAAAUCAAUGGAAAUACAAAACUUUGUAGCCAGUCAGCUGCAGGAUGCAAUAUUAAACUUGGAAAAGGAACAUGAAGAAAUAUUAGCAGAUGAAGCUGAGGAGGAGAGAGAAGAAAUGCAAGAGUAUGAGCAUAAUAAAGUAGGUUUAGAUGAAGUGGAAGUGAUGCAUAGAAGAUUAUCUGAAUGUACAGAAGACAUUGAACACUUUGGAUUAAUAAAUCAUUCAAAUUUAAUUAAAGAAAGUGCUACAGUUGAACAAGACAAUGAAAGUGAAAAUUUGAUUUGUGAAAAUUCUGAUCAGGAAAAAAAAGGUAUUGAUAUUAUUGAGGAUAUUAGAAAUACAGAAGUUGAAAAAGUGUCUUCUGAUUUCGUUGAAAAAGUGCCUUCAGAAAUCAUUGACAAUGUAUGUAAAGAGGAUUUAAACAAAGAAGAAGACAGAUUAUCUAUAUCAGAGAGGGCUACUGAGAUUAUGAAGAUGGUACUUUCGGAAGUGUUGGACCUGAUUUACUGGCGAGAUGUUAAGAAGACGGGUGUAGUUUUCGGCAGCAUGAUGUUCAUACUUCUGUCCUUGACCUUUUUCACGAUACUGAGCGUGUUGGCGUACCUGUCACUUGCCAUCCUGACCGUCACCCUCAGUUUCCGUGUCUACAAGAAUGUCAUGCAGGCUGUGCAAAAAACCAAUGAUGGACAUCCAUUCAAAAAACUGUUAGACUUGGAUAUUUGCCUGCAGAGUGAGGUUGUUGAGAGUGCCGCAGAUAAAAUUGCUUGUAACGUAAACAACUGCUCGAAAGAACUCCGAAGACUUUUCCUUGUUGAAGAUUAUGUUGACUCACUCAAGUUUGGUCUGUUGUUGUGGUUGCUGACAUAUGUUGGAAGUUGGUUCAAUGGCAUGACACUUAUUAUUCUCGCUGUAGUAAGUAUUUUCACAUUGCCGAAGGUAUACGAGACCUACCAGGGCCCCAUUGAUCAGAAUGUUAACAUGGUUAGAGGCCAGCUCAACAAUAUCAUGAAACAAGUCUCCUCAAAGAUCCCUUUCCCAAAGAAGAAAGCUAAGACGCAGUAAAGAUGCAUUAGACGUAAAUAGGACAUUUAAACAAUUUUUGGACAGAAAUAAAUAAUUAUUAUACUACAAAGAUUUACAUGUUAUUCCAUAAAGAUGUUUCAAAAAACGUUUUGUGUACAUUUCUAUAGCCACAUUUCAUCACUUGGAUUUUAGUGGAUUAGCGAAAUCUGGAAAUAAUUGGAAAAGGAAAUUAACCGAAAAUUUUAAUAGUUUGUGACAAUUGUUAAAUAAUGUUGAUGCGGAUAGGAAAAUUGCCUGUAGAGGAAUUUAUUCAAAGAUUAACGCUGCAUAUGUCAUGCUUUUGUAUUCAUCGGAGUAUUGUAUGGAAUUAUGCUUUAUGUAUGACAAACACGAAGCUGAAUUGACGUCAAUUUCGAGCCCAGCAUCAGAGAUACCGUGUGUUAGUGUUGGCAAGUGUUGUGCCUCAUUAUAAUUGGCAAUGUAUCAAAAAUGCUUUCAAUCGCAGAAAUAUAUUUUGAAGAUUUAUAAAUAGUUUUAAAUAUGUGAAGAUGUUUUGAGUUUUUGUGGAAUGAAAAAGAGAGAAAUUUGCAGGAAUUUAAUAUUUAUAUGAAUGAUGGAGAUCAACCAGACGUAGGAAAUGUAGGAAUGUGUCUGUAAAAUUAGAACAGGUUCAAACACUUUGAUUAUCUAAGUCACUGAGUUGGGACUGGGUAACAAUGCUUUUGUGCAAUCAUUCUGCAUGGAUGGGAUAUGUAGUGAAUGAAUGUGAAUUUCUGUAGUGAAUGGACGGAAUAAAAAUGUGGAUCAUUUAUGUUCUAAGAUUUAUACCAUUUUGGAAUAUUAAUGUGUUAUGUUAAAAUAUUUCUUUGUAACAGAGGACAAUAGUCAUUUUGUAUAGUAGAUUGUAUAAUAAUUUAUUAAGACUUUGAUUAUUUUUCUUGGUAUAUCCUCUGUGAUAAAUAAUAAACUCCCUUUUGCUGUGCUCAUAUAUAAUAUAUUACACUUUACCUUGUUUAAGUUUGGAGUAGUUAGUAAAAUAGAAUUUCGUGAAAUCAAUAGAAAACCGACCGAAGACAGUUCACCCUUUGAUACAAAAGGUUUUGAUAGAAGCUGUAUAAUUGUAUUACGAAAAAGGUCGUUUUGGAAAGAAAUUAUCAUUUAUUAGAAAAAAAUAACACAGAAUUUUGCAUGUUACCAGAACUUCUUGCCUUAAACAUAAACAUUCAAUGCUCUAUAAACCUCUCUCUUUGUCUAAAGCUCUUUGUCAUACAUUUAGUGUUCUCUAUAAUCUAUUAUUUACUUGUCUGUGACCUGUUUAUUUUGUUUUUAAACACUGACCCAGUUUGAAGUGCUAAAAAAAUUUACAGUUUUUGUUUUUGUUUAGUGACAUACAUCUUGCGUUGUUCAUUGAGCAAUAAAUUCUGUUGUUUUUGUUUUCAUACAUCUAUAAACAUUAUUCUUGAUCAAAAUCAUUUUAAGAUGUAAGCAGUAUAUUUAUACAUUAUUUUUUCAUCAUUAGGUUAAUCUACUUUUUUUUUUCAUAAAGAAAUAAUGUAUUGUUUUUAGAAUACUCUGUUCAGAUUGGAAUAUUCAGCCUUUAUCGGUGCUUCAGUUUAUUCAUCACAUUGUUUUCAUCAUUAUUAUAUAAUUUAUUUCACUAAGAGAAGAUGUUUUGAUUUCUCCCGAUACUUUUUCUGUUGAUCGUGUGUCAACAAUAUAAAACCUGGUGUCAGUCUACAGUAACACAGACAUGUAAGUUGGCCCAGCUCUAUACUGUUGGCACAGUUUAUACAGUUGUCGUUUCAGUCAUUCUUUUUCUCGGCAAACAGGAAGUGAAACUUUCACAAGUAAUCCACAUAAUAACAAACAGUACAUUUUGAUUUUAUUGUUAAAUUGUUAAGAAUUGAUGUCAUGAUUUUCUGAAUGACUGGAUAUAAAUUAUCUUGGUUCGAUGUCUAGAUAUAACAGGACUGUAUUUGUCAAUGUGUAAAUUUUGGUAUUUUAGCAGUUUGAUACCUAAAAGAAAGAUUUUUAGCAAUAUAUUUAACAUUUUCAGAUCUUGUUGCUUUUUGAUAAAUAAGAACUUUUUGCAAUGUUGUUUGUCAGUAAAAACAGCAGAUUUUAAUAUUAGAUGGCUGAUGCUGUUAAUCCAAUAGUAAUGAAUGCAAAAAUUUGUCGGAGAGAGAUUUUAUGUUGCAAAAUUAUAAUUGUUUUUCAUCAGAAUUUCAGAAUUACCACAUUGACAAAUGCAGUGUAAAAUUUUUUCUACAGCUAUAGUUGGUGUGGAGAGGUGAAAUCUUGUACAUGUAUGUGUCAAACUUGUUCUUCUGAUCUCAUUGUGUUUUUGAGGCAAUGUUGUGAUGUAUAAUGUUGUUGCAAUAGCGUACAGUCCCGGAUAAUGACAACAUAGUUUAAAACCCCGUUCUGAUUGAUGGCGGUGAGAAUUUCUGUCGAUGCUACCAGUAUAGAUCCGAACCAGGUCAGUCUGCACGUCCUUGAGCGCGUGACCAGACUAUACUGUAUAGUUGGCAGGUUUUUAUAGAUUGACCAAGGAAGAUAGAAAUUGAAAAUUUUUCAAGGCAGAUUUAAAUUCCAUCACAGGAAUUUAGAAGUAAAGGGGUUGAAAUAUUAUUCUUACAAAUUUAUUAAGUAUUCUUAAACACAGAAUAUUCAAAUAAUCAUUUGCACAAAUAAUACAGACAGUUCUGGAGGGAAUUACUAUUUUGUCUGCAGAUACUCCGUCAGAAACAUCUGUAUUUAUUAAAGAUUGUAAAUUGGAUUUGUCGGUAGAGCUGAAAAUGAUGGAAUAAAUGCAAAACUGUUUAAUAGAUAUAAAAAAUAGAUUAUAAUCCUGAAUGAACUAUGAUGUUUUAUAAACAAUAUAUUUAUUCUUUUACUUAAAAUUUGUGGCAAAUUGUUAAUAUAUGAUAUGCCUUAAUAUUCAGAAACUAGAAAGUAGUGGAGAUAAGAUGUUCUUUUGAAUUUGAACUUGAACAAUGAAAUAUAUUCUUGAAUUUCACAUUAGUAUAUUUUAUUUCAUCAUUAAAAUGGUUACAUCUAAGUUAGACAUCACAUAUUGUAAGUUCAUGAUGUAUUUUUUUUCGCAGUCAUAUUUUUUUGGUAAGAAUUAUAUUACAUAUAUAUAUGUGGUAAAUGAUAUGUAAGCUUUGAAUAUAUAUUGUUGUCUAUUAUCUUGAAUUUAGCUUGUGUCUAGACAUUUUAUAUUCCGAUAUUUUUUUCUAGUAUAUUAUAUAAUGUAUUGAUAUAGUUUAUUUGCCUUCACUGGUAUUAAAACAAUGACAAUGUCUCAUUUUAUUGUCUAUCCAGAGUUGAUAAGGCAACAUUUUUUUUUGUCUACGUAUGCGUAGCAUUUUUUUUGUAAACGUAUGCAAGACUUUAAGUGUUACGUAUGCAGAACAUUAUUUUGUUAACGGUAUUGCGAACAUUGUUUUGUUAACGUGUGCCAGACAUCAAGUGUUACGUAUGCGGAACAUUGUUUUGUAAGCGUAUGCGAGACAAGAUGCUACAGCAGAUGUCUGUAUAGGAUAUUGUAAUAACUGUAUAUCAGUAAAUCUUUUAUAUAUAAUAAUAAUAAUACAAAGUACUUAUGUUGUAUAUAUACUCAAACUAUAUAAUAUCGCUAUCUACUAUUCAUACAUAAACUACUAUAUGUAAACUAUGUAGUGACAAAAAAUGGGAUUUACUUUUUUAAGGUAACGUUAGAAACUCCAGAUUAAAUAAACAUGUUAUCACAAGGCAAAAUAGUUUAGCAUUACACUAAGAAAGUUUCACAAAAUGGGGAAGUUUAAAACAGUUUCACAGUUUGAGAUUGUUUAUUAAGUUCAUUUAUAAGGUCAUAUUGUUGACUGAGAAAUGACAAAAAGUUGUAUGGUUCAUUAUAAAUUUGUUCAAUUGUUCACAUCAUUUCACAUUUCUUUAUCAAAAAUUCAUGUUUUUUUUUUUGUUUUUUUUUAUGAAAUUCUUAAAAUAGCAGAUUUUUAUGUAUGUCAUUUGAAUUAUUGUUGAAACUAGAUAAAAGUAAAUUUUGCAAUUAACUGAUACACUGUUUUAUUUUCAUGACAAUUUUAUUCCAUAAUUAUACUACAAGCACAACAAUUUUCCUGACCCUCAGCUUCUAUUAGCAAAACCUUUGCCAGAAUUAAGGAACGUUUUUAUUAUAUUAGCACAGUUUAAAGAUAUAAAUAUUGACAGCAAUAUUGUUAUAAUUAUGAUCUAGACAAUUGUUCAGAUAUAGGAAGCUAUGUUAACAUGUAUAUUACAACUAUGUAGCUAUUCUCCUCUUGUGUGUUCAUUUAACUUUAGAUAGCUUAUUGUAUAAGGCCUUUCACAUGUCACUAUUAAGCGUUUUUUUUCUUGUCAAUAAAAAUGUUUUUCUGUCCACUAUAA